UCCAGUCUCCAUUAGCAAUCACACUAAACCGUUCCACUACACUUCUCGAGUUCAGUUCUCUUUGUUUCUCACAAGGCAGACAUGGGAGUCAUCGCCUACUCGCAGGAGAUCACAAGUGUGGUUGCACCGUCGAGGCUGUUCAAGGCUAUGAUCCUUGACUCACACAAUGUCCUGCCCAUGAUUGUUCCCGAGGGCAUCAAGAGCGUUGAGUUCAUCGAGGGAGAUGGCAGAGUUGGUAGCAUCAAGAAAACCAACUUCAGUGAAAGCUCUUAUAUCAAGUACACGAAGCACAAGAUUGAUGCUCUGGAUGCAGGUAGCUUUUACUGCAAAUAUACCAUGAUGGAAAGCGAUAUCAAGUUCGACAAGAUCGACUGCGUUGUGGAAGAAGUGAAGUUCGUUGCGGCUGGCAGUGGAUGCGUCUGCAAGAUAACCAGCGAGUACCAUGUCAAAGAAGGUUGUGAGCUCAAGGAGGAGGACAUCAAGAAGGGCAAAGACAGAGCCAUGGGACUGUUCAAGGCUGUUGAGGAGUACCUCAUGGCCAACCCCGAUGUCUGCGCCUAAAUGCUUUUCUCAAGAUCCUUUAUGAGUGACGACAGAGUAAAAUGAGUGGAAAGUUUGUAUUGUAUCUAGUGUUUUCCCUUUGGCUCUGCCUCGGAGCUUCUGGAUGAGGAAAGGUUUUUAUAGUGCGACUUCUAUGUUAUAGAGGGGUUUGAUUGUUGUGUGUAAGGCCGUGCCAAAAAAUAAAGCUUGAAGGAGCAUUGAGCAAUCCAAUAAAUUAUGGAUUUUGCCCAAGAAAAGAUCUCCCUUUGUGGUCAUGAAGGUGAAUUUUCACUUGACUUAUAUAUGAGUUUGCAUAAAGAAGAGACAGAGGGCACAAUGAAGUGCAAAGGAAAA